GCACCGUUCUCAACGAGAAACAAUCUAUACUUGGCAUCCUUCACCCAUCGUGACAUCGCUCGCUUCAGUUUGAAUUUGCUAUCGAACCCUGCCAUGGCAGAAGUCGUGGCUGUCGUGGCAAGCGGCGCUGGCCUCGCGUCCCUUGCUCUGCAACUGGCAGAAGGGGUCAAACGACUACGGCAACGUCACCAAAAUGCAGCAGGACUCUUUGGUGACAUUUCGGCAUUGAUGGAAGACCUCGAUUUGAUCACUGAGCAGCUGAAUGACCUCGAGGCCGAGGCGCAUGGCAUCCUGGAACAACAAAUGGGGCCGAUCGUUUUGGAGAGAUGCCGCAGUCGUGCAGCGAAUCUAACAGACCGACUGACAAUCCUCACGGCGAACAUCCCGGCCAGGCCAUCAAAAAUAAAUGCUGUUCGUGCAGUAGUUCGAUCGAAGAGGUGGAAUACCGAACUUGAAGAGCUCCGAAGCGCGGUUACAGGUGUCAAGCAAGACCUCCUUCUGCUUUAUUUGAUCCAUCAAAACGUCGCCAUGAAGAAGUUGUUCCGCAUCGCGGUCCCUGAGGACAGUGACGGAGAUAGUUCACACAUCCGCAUCUCGCCAACGAGCAAACCACAUGAUGAUACUCUGCCUCCAAUUACAAAUAUCCCUCGGUACCGAUUUGCUCAUUGUACGGUCCGAAGUUGCCAUUGCUCAUGCCAUAUCACGCGUGUGGUAGGCGGCAGGUUUUGGCGCCUUCAGUACGCCCCAUUGGCCAACAUAUUCAAUACUUGCGACAACGUCAGGUGUUCGGCUCAACGUUACAGAGUCGGCCUUCGGGUCGCGCUUUCACGCUUUGGUGUGAGAUGGGCAGUCGUAUUUGGACUCGAUAUGACGGUGGAGCCAGGGAAGUACUGGCUUCAACCAGUGUUGCAAGUUGAGAGUGUCGUCAAUUAUACCGCACCGGGCUUCGUCAUUUUAAGAAAGCUGUCAGAACAGCUUUUGGAGUGGGACGAGGCAGAACUCCAGUUCAGAGAGCUUUACAGAUCAGAUCCGGCAUUUAAAGCUAUAACCUACGGAGGAUGGGGAUACUCCGGCAUUGAAAUAGAGACCCAGAUUCGGUUGCUACGUUUCCUUGUCGAAGAACUUCAUUUGACCAAAGGGGUUGAUAGUCCGAGUCUCAUGUACAGCUGUGCAUCGUUCAGUUCGGAAAAUCGCCAUCUCGAAAUGAUUGAGGCUGUCACUUCUCUUGGCUGCGACUUCAGCACAACUCCUUCUCCCAGCUUCGAGUCAUGGCCGCAACCCUGCGUGCAUGACCCAGAGUUGGCUCCGUACGUCCGUAUAAUACCAGGAGACCCGUUUUACCUGGAAUAUAUGGGCAUAGUUCUCAAAUCCAACCCUGAUUUUGGGGACAGCCCACCCAUUCACAACGUGAUUCUACACGGGUCUGAAGAAGACUUUCGGCUGCUCGUCCAGAAAGCCCAGCCUCUAGAGGCACAUGUCAACUUUCUUGGGCAAUCACCUCUCCAUAUAUCUGUGCGUUAUCCAGAGCGCUUGGCUAUCCUCCUAGCUGCGGGUCAUGAUGCUAGCGUGUGCGAUAAAAAUGGCAUCACUCCUUUGAUGUAUGCUGCCGCCAUGAACAUUUCAGAAGCAGUUACAGCUCUCAUCUAUCACGGUGCAGAUCUAGUCAUGCGUGAUAAGCUGAAUGACUACGACUUCAUCAUGUACGCCGCAAUCCGAGAUCAUUGGUCUUUGGUUUGGUGUGCCAUUGACUUGAUCAGUUCGAAGGACCGCAGCCUGCUCCCCAGAUUGUUCCCUAGCAUCUUCCUUGCAUCUGGGCCAGACUGCUUCUUCGCACAUGACUCAACAAGUAUCACAGAGGGUUGGAGGAAAUAUUGGCUGAAGGUUUUCUCCAACCUGACUUCAAUGAAUAUCUGCUUCGAAGAUGGUGGCACACUGAUGCACGUUGCAGAUAGCCCUAAGCUGGCAAGUAUGCUUGUUGAUUCAGGAUUUUUAAAAUUCAACCACAGGAAUAAUUUGGGCGAGCACUCAUUGUUUGCUAUUGGUCGCUUUCUUAAUCCGUCUUUGUUUCGGCAGUUCAUCGCGAAGGGGGCACAGGUCAACAUAACAAACAACCGAGGUCAAACAGUCCUCCACAGGUUGCUUGGUCUUCUACAUAACUCAGAGGACAACAAGAAAAAGGACCUCCUCGACAUCCUGGAAAUUCUUCUUGACAGCGGAGCUAAUGUCGGUAUCAGAGACCAUUGUUCCUGCAACUGUUCGCCUGGUGGCUGUGUCCCUGGUUCGAACCUGGAACUCGAUAUCAUGGAAUUCUUUCAUUCGCGACUUUACAAUGGUUUCUGGAUAUUUGAGUGGCUUCUCAUACUUGAAGAUCGGGGUCUUUUAGUGGAAGCUAAGGACUUUGCUUUAUCUGUCUUCCGUCAGACGUAUUAUCAAGAGGCAGGCUUUCGCCACACCUGCUGUCGCUCCAAUUCAACCGACGAAGAUGAUGAUGCGGAAGGAACGUUCUGGGACAUCUCGGAGCAAAUUAAAUUGGAAGCUUUGAGCGACAAGAUGCAUGAUUGGGUGCAACGAGAUUACCAAGAAGUCAAGCAUGGGUUGAUGGUUCAUUUGCAACAACGCCAGUCUGCAAAGAAGAGUGAGAUUGAAUCCGUGAAACAAAAAUCGAGUGACAAAACGAAUGAACCCCCGGAUUCCGUCCUUGAGAGCGGGGAGAAAUUUCGAAUCGACUACGAGGAGGACAAAAUGUACUCCAGCCUAGAUCUCUUCCUCAUGCAGCCUGACUCUUGGACGAACCUGGACAUUCUCGGUUUUCAAGGAACAGAUCACACAAAGGAGUUUCUCGAGGAAUUCGUGAAUGAAUUGCGCAAGGCUAGGGGCGAGAAGUUCUCGACUCGGCUGCCUUUGAUUGCUGAACUUUCGGCCGUUUUUGCAGAUUUCACUUAACCGUAACGGAAGAGUAGGAUGUUGAAGGAGUGGAAAAAAUGUAAAUUCGCUGGUUACAUAAAUGAGAGAGACAGAUGCGGAUGUCGCUCUCGUGCGCACGGCGUAGGAUAAAAAGAAGCCCCGCAAAAUGCCUCGAACUCCUCCCCUGCACUUUUAUCCGUGCACUGCCGCCAGCCGUGCUGCCGCACGCCACUUCGCGCGGGCAAUAUCA